CAGUAUUUCAUUUUGAAAGUCAGCCGGAUCGUUUAUUUUGUGUGUGUUCAUGACUUCCUGUCUCACACGAGCAUAUUUUAGCUAAAUUGUUCCGCCGCGUUUCAGCGACCAGCAACAAUAAUAGCUCUGCAUGUAUUUAUAGCGCAGGGAGGCGGUACAGCAUCGGCAUGGCGGCCCACGGUGGAAACUGGGACGUUGACUAGAAAUGAGAGGGAACAAUUCCGUGGCGGCACUGGAAAUUUGGUGUUAGUCGUUCCAACAGUUAAGGUGUCGUGACCAUGGCUAAAGACGCUCUGUCAGAGGCCGGCUGUUAUUUCGACGAGCUCAACAAGCUCCGUGCUCUGGAGCCUGAUGUCAGCCAGAAGACGUCGGAGCUCAAAGAAGACUGCAAAGACUUUCUGGACAAAAUCGUGCAGUUCCUGAAGAUUGUGGGCGGCCUCAUGGAGCUGGUGGAUGACUUGGCAAAUGAGACGGAGAGAGAGAAAUUGAAGGCUCUCGGGACGAGGAAUCUUCUGAAGUUUGUGGCGAAACAAAGGGAGGCCCAGCAGCAGCAACUCCAAGUCCUCAUUGUGGAGAAGAUGAUGCAGCUGGAGCGAUAUCGCAUCGAGUACGAAACCUUGUCCAAAGUGGAAGUGGAACAGAACGAGUUUAUCAAUCAGUACAUUCUGCAGAUGUAACGGAGGAACCAUCAGCAAGUGCCAGGAACUAACACACCUUUUCAAUGUAUCCUUGUUGUUAAUGUAACUACAUGGUGAAUAAAACCAAACAAAGGUUGUU